ACGACGCUCGGCGGAGGGUCGGAGCCACGUCAUCGAUUACCGAUACGUCGCCGCGGCCAGACAGCGAGGCCACUCGCGGCACUACGCUGUCACUGCCAUCGAGCUCCACACGUCUUCACUAUGGACUGCGUAACGCGACGUCUACAUGUCAACGUGAUGAAUAUUGUCCUAUGAGACUGCAAUCUAAUAGAAUCACCGAGGAGUCGGCAGCCAUGCUAGAAAUAGAAGAACCAACACUCCUGCAGACAGUGCGCGGUCACAGGAGCGAGGUGACGUGCGCGGACGCGAGUGGCGCGCGGCUGGUCACUGGCGGCGGGGACCGCGUGCUGCGACUGUGGGCCUGGGAGCGCGGCGCUGGCUGGGACGAGGUGGCGCGCUCCAGUGACGCGCAUCGCUACGGCGUCACCGCGGCGCGCUGGGCGGCCAGCGGCGCGCUGCUGGCGUCGGGCGGCGUAGACGGCGUGGCGCGCGUGUGGAGCGGCCGCGACUUGAUGCCGCGGCGGCUGCUGGCGGCGCCGGGCGCGGCGGCGGCGCGCGCGCUGUGCUGGGCGACACGCGCGCGCCUGCUGGUGGGCCACGACGACGGCGUGCUGUGCGUGUGGCACGCGGCGCGUGGCGUGCAGCUGGCGCGGCUGCACGCGCACGAGGGCGCGCUGCACGCAGUGGCGGCGCCGGCGCGGGGCGCGCUGUUGCUCACUGCCUGUACGCACAGCGUGCUCAAAGUUUUUGACCUCGCGGAGGUAUGUCGGAGCGGAUGUAACGGGGUGUCGUCGUCGCCAGUGGUACCCCUCGCCUGGAUGGACAACGUGCACGAUCUGGGCGCGCUGUGUGCCGACGCCACGGAGGACGGCAACAUGGCCGCCACGGGCGGACAGGACGCAUUAAUUCGGGUGUGGCAUACCCGCGUGGAGGACGGCUGGCCGCGCGGCCUACUGCGAGGCGGGUACCGGCUGAGCGGACAUAGCGCGGCCGUCACGGCGCUGCGCUGGGCGGGCUGGGGCGAGGCCGCGCUGCUGGCCUCCGCCUCGCUGGACCGCACGGCGCGCCUGUGGCUGCCGGCCGGCGCCCAGCUGCACUGCGUGCGAGUAGUGCACGCUCACCCGCGGUACCUCACCUGCGUGGUGCUGGCGCACGAUAUGCGGUAUAUGAUUACUGGUUCGAAUGACAGGUCACUCAGGAUGUGGUCGUUGGGCUCCCUCACGCUCAACGAUGAGUUGGAGAUUCCGUGUGAAGCACUCGCUCACUUCGGCCUCGGCGAUCUCAAAGGCAUCGGACCACUCGACGACGAAGUGAUCGACGAGGACGGUAUUGCGACGCAGACGACAGUGGCAGGACGGCCCGAGGGUAGUGACCACACCUGUCUGCAGCACUUAUGGAGCUCAACAACGCAUUCCGGUGCCAUCAAUGACAUCGCUACGCACGGGGACCUGGUAGCCACCGCUUCUAGCGACGGGCUAGCACGCGUGUUCCGCUGGAGCGAGGAGCGAGGAGAGCUGCAGGCGCUGCACGAGCUGGCGGCGCACGAGUACCCGGUGCUGGCGGUGGACUUUGUGGCCGCCGGCGCAGUGGUACUCACCGCGGGACUCGAUGGCCGCGCCUGUCUGUGGGACGUCGAGACGGGUGUUCAGCUGCGAUCGCUGUGCGUGCCGGCAGGCGAGGAGGGCGGCGCGGGAGGCGAGGCGGGGGGCGGCGGGGUGCGGGCCGCGCGGGCUUCUUCCACCCGCUCCGCGCUGAUACUGCUGGGGACUGACGACGGCCUUGCGCCGCUGUGGAGCCUCGACGAAGACAACCCACAGCCCCUGCACGUGUACAGCGAGCACAGCGCGGCGGUGACGUGCUGUGGCUGGUCGUGCGACGCGCGGCUGUGCAGUACUGGCAGCGCGGCGGGCGAGCUGCGGCUGUACGCGCCGCCGCCGGCCGCGCGCCUACUGCACUACGACCCGCAGGCACACGACCUCGAGGGCGUGCAGAGUCUGGACUUCGCUCCGUCUCCGAGCUCGCUGGAGCUAGGCGAGCGGCAGCACGUGCUGGCGACGGCGGGCGGGGACUCGCUCAUCAAGCUGUGGCUCGUGAGCCAGCUCGAGGACGGCGUGGCGGUGCGCGCGGCGCUGACGCUGGAGCUGCACGGCGGCGGCGCCAGCUGCGUGCGCUGGGCGGGCGCGCUGCUGGCGGCGGCGGGCGCGGACCACGCGGCGCGCGUUUGGGCGGUGGGCGCGCGCGCGCGCGGCGCGGUGUUGCUGGCCGUGGUGUCGGUGGGCAGCGCGGGCGGCGUGCUGGCCGUGGGCUUGCUGGGCGCGGCGCCGCUGUUGCUGGCCGGCUCUCUGUCGGGUUCGCUCGCCGUGUGGCAGCUGCCGGCCGAGCUGCCGGACGAGCGAGACGACGAGGAGGGUACGGCGCCGUGCUUCUGGACCCAAGAAGGCGUGCGUCGGUGGCUGCGAGACUGUAUCUCGCGAGUGCCCGGGUCGGAGCUGCGACGUAAUGAGGAGACAUUUCUGACUCAAAGAUGUCAGCAGAUGGAAAUGACGGGGUUCAUGCUGCUCUCCACCUCCAUCGACUCAUUACUUGAAACAUUUGGAUUUGUGUCUGUGUUACGUAUAGACAUAAACAAAUCAGAAGAAGGCAGCGAGGACGUGGAGUUGGUGCGCAUGCGCGAGGAGCUGCAGUGGCUACAGGCUCCGCCACCCUCCUACCAGCAGGAGACGUCGGCCCCGCACUGCCUGCGCUGUCCCCUGUCGCACCGGUUGCUGCGGGAGCCCGUGUUCGCGGCGGACGGCUACACGUACGAGCGCGCCAACAUACUCGACUGGUUCCUGGCUGCCGGUAGCGCGGUGUCGCCGGUGUCGGGGCGGCGCCUGCUGUCCAGUACUCUGCAGCUCAACUACGCGCUGCGGGACCAACUUCGUGACUUUCUGCGGAGCUGAACUUCUACUAAUUCGUAUCACUUUUAUUAUCUCCAAAUCUGAUGUACUACAGACUCGAGCCCGUGUUCUUUAAUAAAUUCAGAUAUGACAGCACGUGGUGCACGUUGUUUUAUUCCGCUGCUCCUGCUGCGAGUUGCAGGACUAGUCAAUCAAUGUAAUCACAUGCUUGUGACUUAUAUAAUGACGUCGUUUGCGAGCACGUGCGAUGUGUAAUGUUGUUGUCCGUAUGUCUAACACCCUCUUCAGAUAUAAUUAACCAACUAAAAACAUUCUGUAAGAAACUAGCCAAGACUCGAAGGAGCCGCUCGUUCAUCUCUAAAAAGUUACGAAAUCUGAUAAUAAGAUGUUAUAGCUUAAAUUAAGUUGACCUAAAUGCAAAUACCUAACUUUUACCAAAAACAAAAACAUCAUUAGCUUCUCUUACAUCCUGUGUCAUACACCUCUCACUAAACUAAACUCGACCCGGGAUCCAAGUGUGACACUUGACUCCAAACUCCACCUAGAUCUGUACAUCGACAAAACAGUAAACAAGGCAUACCAAAUGUAUAUAUUCAUAAUGCGCUCCAGCCUAAGACGACCUCAUCUUAUACAACAUGUAACGUAAUUAACGCACACCCUCAAACACC